GAAUGAACCGGGAGAAGGCGGGGCGUGACGCGGAAACCGUUCAGUAAAAGGGUUUGUCAAAGUUAUCGAGCGGGUGAAGCAAAAACGCAAUUUCGUUUAUUUUAUGGUGGUUUUCCUAGUUCUCUGCAAAGUAUUUGCAAAAUGUUCACGAAACUUUAACGUUUUAUUUGUAAAAAAUAUAAUUUUUGAAAACGUACUAUUUGUUAAAGGACACGAUCUCGAUUGCAGUGGUAUAGUGAACAGGCUAACUCGCACUGUUUCCUGAACUGUUUUUGUGAAGGUAUCCCUCAAAUCAAGUUUCACCAGAGUAAUUUCUGUAGCGUUAAAACUUGCUAGGCAGCAUGCUGUGUCCUCUUAAAAGAGCUGCAUGCCUAAACGAGCCGGUUACUUUCUGCCUUACAGCCUGGCUUCAGUUGUGUAAAUCAAGAAAAUUAAAUACGUUUGAUAGUAGACACUGCAGAAUGUUCAGCACUUCGACCCAAUUGAGAACAGUCAUGCCAGCCUGGGUCAUCGACAAGUACGGCAAGAACGAUGUGCUAAGAUUCACCACCAACGCCUCGUUCCCCAUUAUUGACUACCCUAACGAAGUUAUUGUCAAAGUGCACGCAGCCAGUCUGAAUCCUAUUGACAUUACUAUGAGAAAUGGCUAUGGCACAGUUGCACUGAAUAUAAGAAGAGACCCACUGAACAUUAAGAGCACAGGAAAUGAAUUCCCUUUAAUUCUUGGACGGGAUGUGUCUGGAGUUAUUAUGGAACGUGGGUUAGACAUUAGUUAUUACAAGCCUGGUGAUGAGGUGUGGGCUGCUGUUCCUCCCUGGAAACAAGGAACCUUUGCAGAGUUUGUCGUGCUCUCAGCAAAUGAGAUAUCGCAUAAACCUAAAACCCUGACCCACACACAAGCUGCAGCUCUGCCCUAUGUGGCGGCAACUGUUUGGUCUGCAUUGGUCAAUACUGCAGGGCUCAGCAAGGAGAACUGUCCUGCGAAACGCAUAUUGGUAAUUGGUGCAUCAGGCGGUGUUGGAACAUGUGCCAUUCAGUUGAUGAAGGCAUGGGGGGCUAAUGUGACAGCUACAUGUUCAAAGAAUGCCGUGAACUUAUUGAAGACUCUUGGGGCAGACCAUGUGUUGGACUACAAAGAGGGAUGCAUAAAGACAACUCUGAAAUCUCUAAAACAAUUUGAUGUGAUUUUAGAUUGUGUUGGAGGAGAAACUGAAAAGUGGGCUUUGGAUUGUCUGAAACCAUGGUCAGGAGCAAAAUAUGUCACCCUGGUGACACCCUUCCUGCUCAACACUGACAGGCUCGGCAUAGCCGAUGGAAUGCUUCAGACAGGAGUCACUAUUGGCACCAAGGCGCUGAAGCACUUGUGUCGUGGAGUCCAUUAUCGCUGGGGCUUUUUCGCACCCAAUGGUCCAGCACUGGAUGAAUUCAGUGAACUUGUGGAUGCGGGAAAGGUUCGCCCUGUCAUAGAGCAAGUGUUCCAAUUUUCUGAACUUCCUCAAGCCUUUCAGAAAGUCGAGAACGGCCAUUCAAGGGGCAAGACUGUAAUCAGCAUCAUCGAUGGUUAACAGCACCUCAAUCCCUUAUGAAAAUGGUUUUGGUUAUU